UUUUUGGCGCGAGCCGUGUCCGCGCGCGUUCACGGGCCGUUCCCCCUCCGGAGAGUCCUCCCGCCCUGGCUUGGGGAGCGGUGGGCCGAAGACCCCGGACCGCUCCGAGGGCUCCUGUGCCCUCCGCCGACCCGGAAUCUGGGACCUUGCUGAGCUGCGCCCCGCUCUCCCGCCCCAGGCUUUCCCCACGCCCACGGAGGUGAAUCAGCUGUGGCCCUGACCAGGAGGAACUCACAGUCUAGUGCGAUAGACCGUGGUCAGCAGAUGUGUCCUGCCCAGUGAGAGGGUGAGGCCCCUGAAAGCUGCAGAGCUCAUGCCGGCCUGGCUUCUGCUCAGGGCCACCCUGGAUUCACCGGGAGCCCCUGCUUCUCCUCCCUCCCCAUUCCACCCCCAAAGCUGUUUGGCCAUGCCAAUGGUGCUAGAACGUGCUUGUUGUGGCCACCGCCUCCAUGCGUAAAGCAGAGUGUGUGUGUGUGGUGUAGACUCCGCUCUCUUCUGCAGCCUCUUUGGGGCCAUAGGACCCGGUGCUGUUCUGAGUGACACACUGUUCUGAACUCUGCCCCAAGGGGGCUCCUGUGCUGGACAUGCCUGUGCCCGAAGAGGGCACCCCGCCACCCCUGAGUGGCACCCCCGUCCCGGUCCCAGCCUACUUCCGCCAUGCAGAACCUGGCUUCUCCCUCAAGAGGCCUCGGGGUGUCAGUCGGAGCCUCCCGCCCCGGCCCCCUGCCAAGGGCAGCAUCCCCAUCAGCCGCCUCUUCCCUCCUCGGACCCCAGGCUGGCAUCAGCCCCAGCCCCGGCGGGUGUCGUUCCGAGGCCGAGCCUCCGAGCCCCUGCAGAGCCCCGGGUAUGACCCGAGCCGGCCGGAGUCCUUCUUCCAGCAGAGUUUCCACAGGCUUGGCCGCCUGGGCCACGGCUCUUAUGGAGAGGUCUUCAAGGUGCGCUCCAAGGAAGACGGCCAGCUCUAUGCCGUGAAGCGCUGCAUGUCGCCUUUCCGGGGCCCCAAGGACCGGGCCCGCAAGCUGGCCGAGGUCGGCGGCCAUGAGAAGGUGGGGCAGCACCCGUGCUGCGUGCGGCUGAAGCAAGCCUGGGAGGAGGGCGGCAUCCUAUACCUGCAGACAGAGCUGUGUGGACCCAGCCUACAACAACACUGUGAGGCCUGGGGCGCCAGCCUGCCCGAGGCCCAGGUCUGGGGCUACCUGCGGGACACCCUGCUGGCCUUGGCCCACCUGCACAGCCAAGGCCUGGUCCACCUUGACGUCAAGCCCGCCAAUAUCUUCCUGGGGCCCCGGGACCGCUGCAAGCUAGGUGACUUUGGGCUGCUGGUGGAGCUGGGUGCAUCCGGAGCUAGCGAGGCCCAGGAGGGAGACCCUCGCUACAUGGCCCCCGAGCUGCUUCAAGGCUCUUAUGGGACAGCGGCAGAUGUGUUCAGUCUGGGUCUCACCAUCCUGGAGGUGGCGUGCAACAUGGAGCUGCCCCAUGGUGGGGAGGGCUGGCAGCAGCUGCGCCAGGGCUACCUGCCCCCUGAGUUCACUGCUGGCCUGUCUUCUGAGCUGCGUUCCGUCCUCACCAUGAUGCUGGAACCUGACCCCAAGCUGCGGGCCACAGCCGAGGCCCUGCUGGCCCUGCCCAUGCUCAGGCAGCCGCGGCCCUGGACCGUCCUGUGGUACAUGGCUGCCGAGGCCCUCAGUCGAGGGUGGGCCCUGUGGCAGGCCCUGCUUUCCCUGCUGUGCUGGCUCUGGCACGGGUUGGCACACCCUGCCAGCUGGCUGCAGCCCCUGGGUCCGCCGGCCACCCCGCCUGACUCGCCGCCCUGCAGCCUCCUCCUGGACAGCAGCCUCGCCAGCAACUGGGAUGACGACAGCAUAGGGCCCUCGCUCUCUCCAGAGGCCAUCCUGGCCAGGGCUGCCGGGAGCACCUCCACCCCCUGCAGUGGCUCCCCUGCCCCCUGGGGCAGGUAUACUCUGAGGGAUUCUCUGGACCUAAGUGACAUUGACUCAGAGCCCCCACAGGGCACCUUCCCCGCCUUUGAGCCUCGGAACCUCCUCAGCCUGUUUGAGGACUCACUGGGCCCAACCUGAGCCCACGGGCCCAGGCUCGGCACUUUUAACCUCUUAGCCCCUUCCCUCCAUCCUCCUGGAGGCUGGGGUCCCUCUGGAAACUCCAGUGGUCCCUUCUGCCUGGCUGUGUCUAAUAAAAGGUAUUUGAAUCUU